AUGUCUGCGCGUGGCGACGAGCAGGAACAUGGUGAGCUUGAAGGGCGUGGUGGUGGAAAGCGCAACAACGUGAAGGCGGCGGCGGCAAAGGGCAGUCCCUCGGGGAGGCUCUCGCAGGAGGUGGCUGGUGGCGACGAGCAGGAACAUGGCGAGCUUGAAGGGCGUGGUGGUGGAAAGCGCAAUAACGAGAAGGCAGCGGCGGCGGCCAAGGGCAGUCCCUCGGGGAGGCUCUCGGAGGACGUGGCUGGUGGCAACGAGCAGGAACAUGGCGAGCUUGAAGGGCGUAGUGGUGGAAAGCGAAACAACGCGAAGGCGGCGGCGGCAAAGGGCAGUCCCUCGGGGAGGCUCUCGCAGGAGGUGGCUGGUGGCGACGAGCAGGAACAUGGCGAGCUUGAAGGGCGUGGUGGUGGAAAGCGCAACAACGAGAAGGCAGCGGCGGGGGCCAAGGGCAGUCCCUCGGGGAGGCUCUCGCUGGAUGUGGCUGGUGGCGACGAGCAGGCGCUGCCCAGGCCCGUUAUAGAAGGGCUAGCAGAGCAGCGAGGUGGUGGCGGUAUCGAUCAGGAUGAGGACAAGCCUGCAGUAGUGACUGCUGGGAAAGAACAUGGACGUGAAGCUGUGAUUCCGUACAAACGACGCAAUGCUGUGGACUCGGCCGGUCGCGACCGAAAUGCGAGACAAGCUCGACAAGGGACGAAACAGUAUGUUUCGAGCUCGUCGGGUUCGGAGGAGGGAUCCAGUGACAGUGAGUCAGGCAGCUCAUCCGGGAGUGAGGAAGUAUACGAGGACGAGGAGGAGGAGGAAGAGGAAGAGGAGGAUGAGGAGUUGGAGCCGGAGAGCGAGGAUGAGGAGGAGGCUCGGCCUUUGAAGAGGAGGGGUGUGCGGAAGACCAAGAAGGGCAAUGGAAAGCGAAAACCGGAGACAGGACGGGUGAAGAGCUAUAAGCACAGUGUGGGUCGUGCCAAACCACAUGGCAAGCGCCAGAGACCUCGAUUCGAAGCUAAAAUUGUGGGUGUGCGUAGCAAGGAGAAGCGGGAGUUGGAUUUUUACGAGUCCAUGGGGCAACGAUGUCCAUCAAGCCCUCAUGAUCGGAAAGCCACCGACACGUAUGCUGCGUUACGCGAGCAGAUGGAUUCGUCUGGGAAGGGAGAUCCGAUCGCUUGGGGGUCAGCGCGGUUUGGCAGGGAAGCGACGGACCCGCAUGCAAAGCUUUCGGGGGGUCACGCGGUUCAGGUGAAAAUCGAGGGAGCAACGAAGCGGCACGAACCCUCGGCCGCCGCAGCAGCCAAUGACGGUGUGGGAGGAGGUGUGUGGGCGAAUUCCUUGGGUGAAUGUGGCGGCGGUGUGGAAGGCUCCAUGUGGGAUAGCCCCUCUAAACAGUGCUGCUGGUCUGGUGUGGGUGGCAUGCGGCGCAGAGAUAGCAGCAGCACUCUCUGUCAUCCCCACGUGCCCAAUCCCUUCUUUCCGCUUGCUCCUCCCCCCCCCUCUCUAUCCCACCCCUCUCCCUCCUCUUCCAGAGCCCCUCUAAACGGUGCUGCUGGUCUGGUGUGGGUGGCAUGCGGCGCAGAGAUAGCAGCAACACUCUCUGUCAUGACCCCUUACGCAGUCCGUACGCCAUCCGUUGGUUCUUCUCCCACACUCCCCUUCUCCCGCCCCCCGUUUAACUCCCGCCCUCCUCUUCUCUCCCGCCACCCCCUUCUCUCCCGCCCUCCCUUCCUCUACCGCCCUCCCUUUCUCUCCCGCCCUCCCCUUCUCUCCCGCCCUCCCCCUAUCUCCCGCCCACCCCUACUCUCCCGCCCUCUCGCCAUUCAUUCCCCCCCGCCCUCGAUGAGGGAAAUAGCGGGUCAGCUCGUGGGGAAACAACAGAGACGGGCUCCCGUUUGCCAACGGCCGGGCCUAUCAAAGGUUAAGAGGACUGACUGGAACGUCUCCAACUCCCACCGGAAGAACAGUGAAUGGAUGGGGGGUUUGCACCGUAAUGUGCGGUGGAUUAUCAAGGACCACUUCACACGCCACACCCCCGUGUACAACACAGACGUGAAGGGCUUCAAGUGGGGCGACCGUGGGCUGUAUGUUCACGAGUCAGGAUUUGAGGCCUUCCGGGGGAAGGCUGAGCUUGAUGCCGAAACGAAGGACCUGAAGGAGGAUGAAAAGGAGGUGUACGACUCGGAGGACAUGGAGGAGGAUAAGGAAGAGGAGGAUGAGGAGGAGGAGGAGGAGGAGGAGGAGGAGGAUGACGAGGAGGAGGAGGAGGAGGAGGAGGAGGAGGAGGAGGACGAGGAACAUUUACAAAAGGGGACAGCAGGAGAGGCAUCACAUACGUGCGAGGAGAGGCAUUGGUGGAGACAGCAAGGGGGGCAUCAGGGAAGGCACGUGUGGAUAGAGAAAGGGGGACAGCAUUACGGAGGGGAGUGGUGCAAGGGCCGCAGCAGUAUAGGCAUGACAGGAUAG